AUGAUUCAGCAGUAUCAGCUCCAUCGAAUCCGUAAGAUCCGUAAUCAAGAGAAGAGAAUUUCCUUCAUUCCAACUCUUCCAGCUCGCUCGUACAAUCGCAAGGCGACCGGAAAAUCGUCGGGUUUCGGCCUUUCGAACUAUGUGGACAUUGUGACUGGGCAGAAGAGCUCGAACGUCGUGCCUGUGACGCUUCUAGAGACGAGUAAAGAGCGAGGCAUCGCGCAAGGGGGUGCUACGGUGGCCCUUGGAGCAGCGACGGGCGCCACCACCGCGGCGAACAACCCCGGCCAGCACUUUUUCGCAACCACUACUCCGCAACAACAACUUCAAACGGCAGCAGCACACCAAGCAGCAGCACAACAACAGCAACAGGGCCAACAGGCGAAUUCCUAUAUUCCUUACCAGCAAAUGUACACACUUCAACAGCAGAAUCUUCAGCCGCUAGGAGAUAACAUGAUCAACGUCACGAAUGGUCAACAAAUGAUGGCCCAGCAAGCGAUGCUUCAGCAAGGAAUCGCUAUGCAACAGAUGAUGCCAAGUCAGAUGAUGAUGGCUGCUCCCGGAAUGGGCUACAUCCAAAUGGCUCCUUCCCAAUUCGGCCAGAUUGGAAUGUCCCAUCUCGGUCCAGUAUUGAUCCAGCCCUUUCCAGUGCAAGCGGCGCGAGCUGCCUCGGCCCCCGCGAAACCGGUUGGUCGAAACACGCAGUCGCGAGGCAAUUUCGGGAAUGCAGCGAGCGCCAUCUUGUGUGACCAAUCAGGAUCCAACGCCGGAAAAGUGAAAAAGAAGAAGCCGUCGCCCUCCGCUAGACGGCGUUCUCGGUUGAGAUUAAUCGCCUUCCUCGAAGCUAAGCGAAAGAAAGCAGAAGAGGAGGGAAUAGAACCAACUCCUGAAGAGCGACUCGAACUGGAAACGUUGAAAAUGUCCGAAGGCUUGCUCAAUCGAGAAGAGCCAGAGCUUGGAAACUCUGUUGAAACCCCUUCGUCUUUGUGCCAAUCCGAAAGUUCAUCCUCCAACAAGCUGCUCACCGUUGCAGAAGCCGUUGAACCGACGGCUCUAGACGAAACAGCGCCAAAAGAAACAGGAGAGACAUCUCCGCCGAAAUCCUGCGACCCUGAGACGACGAUGCCCGGCGCAAGCAAAGCCGAGCCAGAGCUCCUCAAGACGGAGGCCUGA